AUGUGUAUGAGGGUGAAUGUAUUGGUGGUUUUUUGUUGGUUGGGGGACAGAUAUUGGGGAGUGGAAGAGAAGAGGGGUAUUGAUUGGGGGGGGGUGGGGGGGUUAAAAGUGAGGGGUUGGGGGGGUUGGGGGGGAAGGAGGGGGUAUGUGGUGGCAGAGAGAGACAUGGGGAGGGGGUGGGAGGAUCUGGGGUUGGUGUUGUUUGGGUUUAGGGGGGAUAAAGUGAGAGGGAGGAUGGAGGAUAUGGGUUAUUUAUUGAGGGAUAGGGAAGGGGGGUGUGGGGGGGGGAAGGGUGUGUGUUGGGAGGUGCUGGGGGAUAAUAUUGUGGAGGUUUUUGGGGGGGGGGGAUAG